AUGAAAUCAUCAAAUUAUGAAACAAUAGAAUUGUAAGGUAAUCCUGCUUCAAGGGUCAACGAGGACGAUGCAUUUCAAUAGCAUGGAAGGCUAUCAUACUUGUUUGAAACUUCUCCAAAAGUGAAAAUAAGUUAGAGAAAAAAGUCAAGAAUUAUUGGAAGUUCAAAAAAAAAUGCUUUUGAGGAUAGCAGAGUUACAAGACUCUAUUUCGAAAGAUAUAGAGUGUUAGAAUUAGGCAGAAUGUGGACAAUUUGUGCCAGUAUUGUUCUAAUGGUUCUUGAAGUUAAUUAUAUAUAAAUAAUAUAGUAUGAGGUUUCAUUCGCAUAUUAGUUAACGGAUACAUACGACGAAGAAAUUAAAACUCUGUUAUAUCUGAUUCUGGUCCUAACCAUUAUUUCCAGUACUUUAAGCUUAUCCUAUUUAGUUAUAAUGACAUUUAUGGCAUAUUUAGCAGAACUCGAAUUCAAGAAACGAUCUCUUACAGUCCCCAAAGCCUCCAAUAUAUUUCAAACGAAUCUCAUAUUUCUUGUGUUAAUCGAAACCACCAUUUUACUUCCUUGUCCAACUCCAUACACGAUUGGAUACAAAGUUUCAUUCCUACAACGAUAUUCUGAUUAAUCAAGAUUCUACUUCGUAAAUGAGAUCCUCACCUUUGUUAUGCUUUUUCGAUCAUUGCAGAUUUUGAACAUAGCCUUUAAGUUCCAAUCGUUUUAUUCCAAUAGAGUAAAUAGAUUAUGGUAAUUAUUCAUUUGUUAAUUUAAGUGGCAUAUACUCAGUUGAAUUCGGUCCUCAUUUCAUUUUCAAAGUUGCAAUUAGGUAGAAUCCAUAUUCUACUCUUUGCGGUCUCUUUUGCAUUGGAAUUUUCUUGUUUUCGUACUAAUUAGAAAUUUCAGAAAGAGCUUUGUUGAGGACGACAACUGAAAUCGAUCACUAUAACAUAAACAAUUCCUUGUGGGUUUGCAUGAUCACAAUAUUCACAGUCGGCUAUGGAGAUCUGUAUCCCACCACUGAACUUGGAAGACUGUCCAUGACCUUAGGUUUAUUUUAUGGAGUUGCCUUGACAUCACUUUUUACAGCCAUUUUGUAUGCUGAUUUGCAGCCAUUUGUUUCAGAAUUAAGAUCAAUUACACUAUUAGAUAAGGCUUGUAUCAAAACGGAAAUUAGAUAAGUGGCUGAAAGAAUCCUCUUAAAUUUUUAUAAAUUAAAUUCUUAUUUAAAAAAGUACCAAUUAAAAAUUAAUAUUAAUGAUCCUGCCACUUUGAAUAGAAUUAGUUAGAUCCAAAAUUAUUUAUAGGAGGGAUAACAACUUAAAAGGUAUGAACAAUUAUAUUAAAAUAGAAAUUAUCGAUCCAUUGACACUGAAGAUUUUAUAGCUAUGGCUGACAGAUAUUUCAAAGACAUGAAUGAUAGGAUUCAGGAUUACAGACAAAUGCUCAAAUAGAUGAAAUAUCAAUAGUUGACCAUCAAUGACAGAGAUACCCCUAAGGUGAGAUCUGUAUAAAAGCAUUGCCACACAGUCACUGCUGCUAGUUAUGAUGUCAAAAGCAAAGACGAUCAUUAUUUUGAUUAGUUAAUUGACUCUCAAUCCGAACAUUCAGAACUCAUGCAGUUUAAUGAUGACGAGUGA